UGCAGUCUCAGUUGGCAUCGGUUGGUUUCAGUAAAGGAACUCAAACCUCUCUUUAGUAAAAAUUGUAAUCUUUCUUAAUUACAACUGUUACAAAUACAUAUCUAACAAUGUCUAACGAUGAAGAAGUAAUACGUCGGCGACUACUCAUAGACGGUGAUGGGACAGGAGAUGAUCGUAGAAUUAAUAUGCUAUUAAAAUCGUUUAUAAAAUGGAUCAACAGUUCUGAUGUGGACAAUACGCUGCAUGAAAGAAUGCUGUCGCAAUUAGCGCAAUGCGAAUUUGCACAGAAAAAAUCUAGAUUAGUUUCAAACAUGAGUCGAGAAGAAUUGAAAAGCUACGAGAAGCUCUCACAGGAAAUUGAAGUACAAAUAGAGAAGGCAAAGGAAGACAUUGAGAAAACUAAAGCUGAACUGCAAGAUGCCAAACGUGUGAGAAAAAAUAGAAUAGAGUAUGAUGUACUAGCCAAAGUCAUCAAUGAACAACCAGAUCGUUUAGAAACACAUAUCAAGCUUGAAACAUUGCAACAAGAAUUAGGCGCUUUAAAGGAAAAAUCAGAACAGUUGGAGCACAAGUUAGAAAUGCGUCGUAAGCAAUUCCACGUUUUAAUAUCCUCCAUACACUCUCUACAAGGAAUGUUGGACGAGGGUGAUGAGGAAAUAAUGGAUAUCAGCCUUGAGAAUGACACAGACAACACAAAUAUGCAAAUAUCAUGUGAUAAUUCAUAAAUAUCUACCUCUGUCAUUUCAAGUCGUUUGUAAAAGUCAAGGACUGUAUGAGAACCACAACUGAUAGUAGUUACAACAGG